AUGGCCACCGCAUCCUCUUCCGAACUGUUUUUGGACCAUCCUGGGGAUGAAAGUUCCCCGAACAUUACAUCCAACGCAUCCUUUGACGGAAGAGAGAACCCAUUUCAGAUAAAGAAUAAGAGUAGACCGGCGUCUCUCCUCUCACGGGCAUCUGGAGAAUCGACGAUUGAGCUCCCAGACGAGGUCAUUACCACAGAGGGCCUCAGACACUCUGAGAUAGCAUUGAACGCAAAGAAAUAUAAAACGAGCUCGUUUCUAGAUAGGCUCAUGCAAAUCCUAGGCGAGCUACAAGUACCUACGUGGUCAGAGCGUCCACUCUCCUCCAAUGCAUCUAUCAGCUCGCGAAGUUCUUUCAAUAUGAGCGUUGCACCCCCAGAAAAGGGGGACAUCUGGAUCCACAAAGUCUCUGGAUCCCUGACAAACGCCGUCUUUUUUGUCCUCGUCCCAUCCACCUCUCGUGAACAAAUCACGAGCUUCCAAUCAAAGGCACCCUACAAGACACUCCUUUUACGUGUCUAUGGUCCCUCUUCUUCAUCUCUCAUUAACCGUUCUGCCGAACUUCGAAUUCUUCACGUCCUCUCCUCCAGAUACCGAAUAGGGCCUCGAGUCUGGGGCACGUUCGCAAACGGAAGGAUAGAAGAAUACUUUGAGUCUGACCCGCUCACGUCGAGUGAUAUCAGAGACCCCCACAUCUCGCGCUGCAUUGCAGUUCGAAUGUCCGAACUUCACCGUGUCGAUGUUCGCAAGGUCGUCGAUCCGAAACAAUGGGCAGAUCCCGGUGACGGCACCCGUGGCGAGCUCGGUGUAAAACGCAAUGUUCGCACAUGGAUUCCACCAGCACGGGAGGUGCUUUCUCUGAUCAGAAAUGAAGAAUACAAGAAAGAGAUCGACUUUGAACUUCUCGUCAAGCAGUGGGACACUUACUACAAGUGGGUAAGGGACUGGGAAAAGGAGGACGACUGCCUCAAGGAAAGUCCUCGUGUAUUUUGUCAUAAUGAUACCCAAUACGGCAAUCUCCUUCGUCUUCGUACGACCCAGCCCGGAAUGUUACCUCAUCAGCAAAUCAUCGUCGUAGACUUUGAAUAUGCGUCUCCGAACUGUGCUGCGUUUGAUAUUGCCAAUCACUUUUGUGAAUGGACGACAGACUACCUAGGGUCGAAUCCCGCACUCCUCAAACCCUCUCGGUUCCCAACGCGCGCCGAACGCGACAAUUUUUUCCUCGCAUACCUCCAAUCUGGGCUCGUUCUUGAUAACAGGUCAAGCCGAGCAGAUCCUGAGACACCAACGGGAUCCUCUGGACAGCUCGUCGACUCUCCAUCGUCGACACCGGCACUCAGUAGACACAAUUCUCAAGCGCAGAUUUCACGACACGGCUCCCUGACGCAGAUGCAGUCCAAGACCCCUCCGCUCGCGCAAUUCGCACGACGCGGCUCGGCCGUCCUUCCGGAUGCCAUGGACUUGUUGGAGGAGCAAGUCAGGCGAUGGAUGCCUGCGUCCCAUGGUAUGUGGGCCAUAUGGGCACUAGUCCAAGCGCGAGAUGAUGUCGAGCGCAUCAAUCGUCGGAUGGAGGGGAAACGCCAAGAUGGAGAGGAAGAGGAAGAAGAUGUGAUGGAGUUUGACUACCUGCUUUACGCCAGCGACAGGAUUCGCAUCUUCCGCGAGGCGUGCCAAGAGCUUGGUGUAUUUUAA